AUGACGUCCUCAAGUUUUGUGAUUAUUCUUUAAAUAAAUGUAUUUAUUUGUCUUUCUUUAUUAAAAACUAUUCUUUAAAGAAUGUUAACUUAAUUGAUUACCUACAUUAUAAUGCGCGAAAGUGUAAAAACCAAUGAAAUGUUCAUUACCCGUGCUUUGGAAAAAAUAUUGAAUGAUCGUGAGAUCAAACGUUCGUAUCAUUCUCAGCUGCGCAAAGCGUGUGAAGCUGCCCUAGAAGAAAUCAAGAAUGAGAGCAAAAAUAGUGAUGAAGAAAAUACAUCAUCAUGCCUUCCUCUGCCAAAAUCAAAAGCUGGAAGUUUAGAAGCUGAAAAAUAUUUCGUACCAUUUGAGUUGGCUACACAAUCAAAAUCUCCUCGAAUUGUAAUUACUGCUAUUGAUUGCAUUGAGAAAUUAAUUGCAUAUGGUCACCUUACGGGAAGCAUCUAUGAUCCUGCAAAUCCAGCAAAAUUGCUAAUUGACAGAAUAGUUGAAUCAAUCUGUGGCUGUUUUCAUGGGCCAAAUACUGAUGAUGGUGUUCAACUACAAAUUAUUAAAGCUCUUCUAACAGUAGUUACCUCUCAAUCAUGUGAAGUGCAUGAAGGAAGCAUACUGCUUGCUGUUAGAACUUGCUAUAAUAUUUAUCUUGCCAGUCGGAACCUCAUAAAUCAAACAACAGCUAGAGCCACUCUUACUCGAAUGCUUAAUGUGAUUUUUGCUCGAAUGGAAGGUGAAGCUGUGAUAGCUGGAGAAAAUUAUGCCAAAAACUCUGAAAGUUGUGAUAAUGAACAAACUGAAAAUGUUAAAUUUGAAGUUGCUGCAGUUCUCCAAGAUUUAGUCGAUAUAGUAUCAAAUGAAGAGUAUAAUUCUUCACCUAAGUCUGAGAGAACUGCCAGCAUUGCAUCGUGUCCAGCUGCUGAUUCCAUUAGUUCCUCCAGUGAACCUUCCAUUCCUGGUGUCAUUCCUAGAAUUCCAUCCGAAGAAAGCUUGAGCAAUGCUGAGCCAGCUCAAACUAAUUUUUCUCACAUUUUGCAAAAAGAUGCCUUCUUAGUAUUCCGUUCCUUGUGCAAAUUGAGCAUGAAGCCUUUACCCACUGGUCAACCGGACCCCAAAUCUCAUGAGCUCAGAUCAAAAAUAUUAUCAUUACAAUUACUACUUACAAUUCUACAAAAUGCAGGUCCUGUAUUUAAAUCUACAGACAUGUUCAUAAAUGCCAUAAAACAGUAUCUUUGUGUUGCAUUAUCAAAAAACGGUGUGUCAUCUAUUCCAGAAGUCUUCGAAUUGUCACUUUCCAUAUUUUUAGCCUUAUUUCAGAAUUUUAAAACGCAUUUAAAGAUCCAAAUGGAGGUUUUCUUCAAAGAAAUUUUUUUAAACAUUUUAGAGACAUGUAGCAGCUCAUUUGAACAUAAGUGGAUGGUUAUACAAGCAUUAACUAGAAUUUGCGCUGAUGCUCAGAGCAUUGUUGAUAUAUAUGUAAAUUAUGAUUGUGACUACACUGCUGCCAAUAUAUUUGAACGUUUAGUGAAUGAUCUCUCUAAAAUUGCUCAGGGUAGACAAGCUUUAGAACUUGGAGCUACUCUUGCUCAAGAGAAGUCAAUGAGAAUAAAAGGCCUGGAGUGUUUAGUAUGCAUUUUAAAGUGUAUGGUAGAGUGGAGCAAAGAUUUGUAUGUAAAUCCAAUGCAGCAAGCAAAUUUAGGUCCAGAGAAAGAAAAAGAUGUGUCUGAUGAAAUUGAUUCUGGGAAAGGUACCAUAACCAGUUAUGGCAGCAUUAAUUCUCUUAGCUCAACUUCCAGUUAUACUGUUGUACCAAAUGAUAAUCCUGAGCACAUUGAAAAUAUGAAGCAGCUGAAGGAAAUUAGAGAACAUGGCAUUGAGCUGUUCAAUCGACAACCAGAAAGAGGAAUAGCAUAUUUGCUUGAUAAUUGCAUACUUAAAAAAACACCAGAUAAUGUUGCUGAAUUUCUUCAUGCCGAGGAAAGGCUGGACAAAACAGCUGUUGGAGAUUAUCUAGGAGAAAAUAUUAAGUUCAACAUAGAAGUAAUGUAUUUUUAUGUUGAUCAAAUGGAUUUUGCUGGUAAAGAUUUAAUCUCUGCUUUGAGGCACUUUUUGGAGGGAUUUCGUUUACCAGGCGAAGCACAGAAAAUUGAUCGCCUGAUGGAAAAAUUUGCUGCUCGUUAUUGUGAGACUAAUGUAAACAAUGGAUUAUUUGCUAGUGCGGACACAGCUUAUGUACUUGCCUACUCAAUAAUUAUGCUUACUACUGACUUACACAGCCCCCAGGUGAAAAAUAAAAUGACUAAAGAGCAAUACAUAAAAAUGAAUAGGGGCAUUAAUGACAGCAAAGAUUUGCCAGAAGAGUAUCUAUCACAAAUAUAUGAUGAAAUAGCUGGAAAUGAAAUUAAAAUGAAAUAUAGUGCUAAGAAAUACAGUGGCAAAGAAACUUUUGGCAGUGAAAAAAAGCGACGUUUAUUGUACAAUGUUGAAAUGGCACAAAUGGCUCAGACAGCAAAAGCAUUAAUGGAAAGUGUUAGUCAUGUACAAGCUCCAUUUACCUGUGCAAAACAUCUUGAGCAUGUUAGGCCAAUGUUCAAGAUUGCUUGGACUCCUUUUUUAGCUGCAUUUAGUGUUGGUCUUCAAGACUGUGAUGAUUCAGAAAUAGCAUCUCUCUGCCUAGAUGGAAUUAGAUGUGCCAUUCGUAUAACUUGUAUUUUUCAUAUGACACUGGAAAGAGAUGCUUAUGUUCAAGCUCUGGCUCGAUUUACUUUGCUGACUGCAAAUUCCCCAAUUACAGAAAUGAAAGCUAAAAAUAUUGAUACAAUAAAGACCCUCAUUACAGUUGCUCACACAGAUGGGAAUUACUUAGGGAAAGCUUGGCUAGAAAUCUUGCGCUGUAUAUCUCAACUAGAAUUGGCUCAAUUGAUUGGAACUGGAGUGAAGCCACAGUAUUUGAAUAGUCAAGCCCCUCAUUCUGAAGGAUCUUCGAUGAUUGAUCCCACUGAUUUGUCUCGUGGAGGAGUACCUUUAGAUCAAAAGAAAAUUGCCAUCCUGCAAGAAUCCAUGAAUGAGACAAGCUCGCAGAGUGUUGUAGUUGCUGUUGACAGGAUUUUUACUGGUUCAACAAGACUUGAUGGAUAUGCUAUUGUUGAUUUUGUGAAAGCUUUAUGUAAAGUAUCUCUUGAAGAACUAGCUAGCCCAACGCAUCCCAGAAUGUUUAGUCUUACGAAAAUUGUUGAAAUCUCAUAUUACAAUAUGGGUAGGAUUCGUUUGCAGUGGUCAAGAAUUUGGGAAGUCCUUGGCGAUCAUUUCAAUAAGGUUGGCUGCAGUCCAGUUGAAGAUGUUGCAUUCUUUGCUGUUGAUUCCUUGCGACAACUUUCAAUGAAAUUUUUAGAAAAGGGAGAGUUUGCAAAUUUCAGGUUCCAGAAAGAUUUUCUAAGACCAUUUGAACAUGUUAUGAAGAACAACAGAUCUCCCACAAUAAGAGAUAUGGUAGUUAGAUGUAUAGCUCAAAUGGUGAACUCUCAAGCAUCAAAAAUAAAGUCCGGGUGGAAGAAUAUCUUUAGUGUUUUUCACUUAGCAGCUGCAGAUGAUGAUGAAAGUAUUGUGGAACUAGCUUUUCAGACAACAGGAAAAAUUAUAACUCAAAUAUUUGAAAGAUAUUUUCCUGCCCUAAUUGAUUCUUUCCAAGAUUCAGUGAAGUGCCUAUCAGAAUUUGCUUGCAAUGCUAGUUUUCCUGACACUAGCAUGGAAGCCAUCCGACUCAUCAGGCGUUGUGCAAAAUAUUGUGCGGAACAGCCACAAAUAUUUCGUGAGCACAAUAUAGAAGACCAAAGUGUACCAGAAGAUGAUAGAGUGUGGGUUCGAGGUUGGUUUCCGAUUCUGUUUGAAUUAUCUUACAUUGUUAGCAGGUGCAAAUUAGAUGUUCGAACCAGAGCACUUACUGUUAUGUUUGAAAUUGUCAAGACUUAUGGGUCCCUUUUCAAGUCCCAUUGGUGGGAGGAUCUAUUUAAAAUCAUUUUUAGGAUAUUUGAUAAUAUGAAACUCCCUGAAAAGAAAACUGAGAAAGCAGAAUGGAUGACUACAACUUGUAAUCAUGCACUCUACUCGGUUGUUGAUGUAUUUUCUCAAUAUUAUGAUGUAUUGGGGGAAAUUAUGCUUGAUAACCUGUAUAAGCAACUCCAGUGGUGUGUGCAGCAAGACAAUGAACAGCUUGCAAGAUCAGGUACAAAUUGCUUAGAAAAUCUAGUCAUUUCUAAUGGUGCCAAGUUCAGCAAAGAAAGAUGGAACCGUACUUGUGACUGCAUGUUAGAAAUAUUUCACUCCACAGUACCUACUGCGCUUUUGUCUUGGAAGCCUGCAAAAUAUGAAAGUGAUAAAAUUCCUGUCAGCACAGCCAAGGUAGAAAUUGAUUCAAAAAUGACUGAUAAUAACGCAGAAAUAACCAACUGUCCAGAUAAAGUAAGACAAGGAAGUGUUUCUGCUCAAGAAAGGCAGAAUAGCAUAGGAUCAGAUAAGCUGGAAGCUGAGAGAAAUCAAAUUCAGGAAAAAAUAUCUCGGACCCCUGAAAACUUGGAAAGGCAGAAUUCGUUCACAAGUCAAACAAGCAAUGAUAUUCCGUCCUCAACUAUACCGUCAGCAACCAAAGAUGAAAUAAGUGAUGAAAAAUUAUUUAUUUCUCUGAAAAUCAAGUGCAUUGUUCAAUUAGAAUUAAUUGAGACUAUAGAUAACAUUAUAUUUUUUCCUGCUACAAGUAGAAAGGAAGAUGAGAAAAACCUUGCUGCUGCAAAGGCUGAAAUGAAAAAAAGUGAAGAUGCUGGAUUUUGUGACAGCCAACAACAGGAAGAUUUGGGAAUGUAUCCUUAUUUAUCAUCAUCACAGUUAUUGAAGUUAGUUGAUUGCCUUAUGAAAUCUCAUCGGUUUGCUAAAAGUUUCAAUUGCAGCCAUGAGCAGCGAAGCCUUUUAUGGAAAUCAGGCUUUAGAGGAACCAUCAAACCAGAUCUUUUAUUGCACGAAUCACACAGCUUAGCAUGUUCACUUCGAAUUUUAUUUAGAAUGUAUACUGAUCAUAGCAGGCAGGAAGCUUGGAGAACAGUUGAAGAAAAAUUAAUAUCAAUAUGUAAAGAAGCUCUGGAAUAUUACUUGAGCCUUAAUGUUGAAAAACAUAAAGAUGUAUGGACAAGUUUAUUGCUCUUACUCCUUUCUAGGGUUAAUCAAUUGGAUGAUGAAAGGUUUCGAGCCCACGCCUCAGCAUAUUACUUGCCACUUUGUGAAAUGAUAUUCUUCGAAACCAAGUCAGAAUUGAGAGCAAUAAUGAAGCGAUUUUUCACUCGAUCUUAUAGAGCUUUCCGAAUACGUAAUUGCAGUCCCCAUUGACAGCAAAUUAUCAAUGUACAGCAACAUUAUACAUAUAUAUAUGAUAUUUGUAGAUAAGAGAGAGAAAAAAUUCUUACACGAGUUACAGACUUUCAUUUUUAUUUAAAGCCAUGCCUCUAAAAUAAGCAUAACUAGUCAGUUAUGAAAAAUGACUAUGUAAAUAUUUUAAGUAUUAUCGAAUUCCACCAUACUAGUGUGUUUAUAAGAUGGCCUGCGAUAGAUAAAUUGAUUUAAAAUAAAUUUUUAAAAAUAAAUUUUAGUUUUAUAAGCAAGAUGUGUUUGUUCUAGUUGAUGCAGUUAACCUCAUGUAAAUGCACACAAAUUUUACUAUGGCCUCUGUUUGCCAUUAUUUUAAAUUCAGUGUGAAAUUAGAUGAGGAGUAGAUCUGUAUUUAUGUUUGAAUUAUUGAAAUUUUAUCAAGUAUUAAUAUAUAAAAAAGUAAGAUGCCAAUUUUUAAUAUUUGACUAAAUAUAUAAAUACACAAGCUUGCUUUUGGCAUGAGAAUGUGAAAGUCAAAUUAUUUUCUAUGUUUGUGUUAUUUAUAAAAAUAUUAUUGAAGUGUGAAGCUUACUCGUUAGAAGAUACUUGUCAGGAUAUUCUAUUGAAAGGAUAUUUUUAUAAGUUAUGAACACAAAACAAUUAGUUUGUGAAAAUCAAAGAUUUAAUUUAAGCUUAUGGAUCUCUUUGUAAAAAUAAAGUAUUUAUCUUUACAAAUAGAUACAGAACUAAUUGGAUUUUUGUUUUAUUUAUCUCAUUGGUUUUAAAGUCUCCUGCACUUAACGUGUCUUUCAGACUUCAUAUACUCAUGAAUUCAUAUGGCAUUCGCAUGCAUUUUUCAGUUAAAAAGUUACUGUGUGUUUAAAUGGAAAAAUCUGAAAUAUCUUAAGAGCGAAUCAAAGUGUAGACCACCUUUCAUUAUUUAAAAAAGUCUCAGAAAUAGGACUCUAAUAAGGACUUUAAUGGGAAAUUUUAACCGAAGCUGAUUUUAACAUAUAAAUUAAUUCAGGAUUUUUUUGCAGCUGUAUAAAAAAUGCAAAUGCAAGCUAUGUAUAUUUAUAUUCAUUAGCCCUUUGCUGAUGAAAGUUAUAUUUUUAUUGAAAAGUUCAGGUGUUUAUAUAGUUUUUUGUGGUUUGAUAUUUUGCUUAGCAUAUGUGAAUGUAAAUUCAACAAAAUUUUCAGAGAUUUUGAGCAUAUUUUUGAACAGUGUGUGCUAGUUUUAUUUUUUUGUAAAACAACAUUUUAAGUGGCUUGAAAAGCUGUUUAUUAAAAUUAUUAUUGUUUGCCGUAGUUCUGCAUAGACUGCAUGAAAUCUACUUUUGUUUUUUGAUUGUUUAUGUUCAGGCCUGCCACUGAGUUUCGCUACUAAAAAUAGUUGCUUUAUUAGCUUUAAUUAUGGAAAAUGGUCUUCAAAAUAGUUGCUAGAGGCAAAAAAGUUUCUAAAACCAUCUCACAUUUUUAAAUUUUUUUAAAAAUAAUGUAUGUUAUAAUAAUAAUAAUGUAAUGAUACUUUGAAAAACAGUCAUACUAAAAACACGUUUAGUAUCUUGGCGCAUGUUAUAUAAGUGGUACCACUCAAAACAGGGGCUAGACCUAUAUGCGAGCAGAUUUUCAGGAAAAAAUAAUGUCUAAACAACCCUUGGGAAAAAAAAAACCUUUGCAUAAUUUAGUUCAACCCUUAAACAAGUACUGACACAUUCUGGUAUUAUUUCAUAUUGUCUGCCUAUUAAUAAAAGACAUCAGUAAAGUACUGACGGCAUAAAAAAUGCCAGAACAUUUGCGAUAUUUCCUAUCACUUUAGAAAAUAGUGCUCCUUUUUGGAAUGUAAAAAGGCUGCAAGAUAUAUAACAGCUAAAACUUACUGACAUUCAUUCAGAAUACUAACAACAGUUAACCAAAAUAAUAGUAGUAGAAAUGAACUUAUUGUGAAAAUUGUGAUUGCAAAACUAUUUACAAAAAUGAAACUUUUCGUACAAAAAUAUGAACAUCACAUUUCUGAUUGAGAAUAUGUUUAUUAUAUUUUAUUUUCUUUAAACAAAAAGUAAAAUAACACAAAUUAGUUUUUAUGUAUAGUCGCUGUUUUUUUUUUUUUACAAUUGAUUGUAAAAUACUUUUUUCGACAUAUUUUGGCUAAACUAAUCGCCAUAAACAUCUUUGCUUCAAAAUAGUAGUUUUAGUUGCCAGUGGCAGCUCUGUAUGCUGUAAAACUCCAACAAACCUUUGUCACUAUUGUAUUUACAAGAUAGCUUUUGUUGCAAUUUUAAAAUAUUGCACCUACAACAAUCAAAUAAAUUUAUUAAAAACAUGAAUUCUUAAUUUAAUUCAUUAUUUUCUUAUUUAUAUAGUAAGUAAAAAAAUAAAGUGUUGUUGAGAAAAUAUUAACGUCAAAACAGAUUGGUAUUAAUAACUGAAUUGGAUAUAAGCUUUUAGUGCAUUUCAAUUCACAUGUUUAAAAUAUUCGAAAAAUUAUGUGAAAUAUUCAUGCAUUCUUAAGUAUGUGUAUUCAGAUGUUGUUAAAUAACUGUAAUUUUAAGUAAUGAAUGAAGCUACAGUUGUCAAUAAGUUGAACAACUGUGCUUGUAAAAACAAUUUGGCACAUCAAGCUUUAAGUGCAAAAAACAAUUAGUCAUAGUUGCUGUAUCUUAAUUAUGAUACAAGCAACUGUCAAAAAAAUUUCCCACUAUUUCGUAAAGUGAAAAAAAAAAAAAAAACUUAAGUGAAGAAAUAAGUUUUGAAUGUUAUCUUUUUUAUGCAUUGUGGCAUAAAUUGAAGUAUUGGUAAGCAAAACGGUGUAAGUGCAAAAAAAAAAAAAAAAACUAGUAAAAA